AUGCUGAUGCCCUUAGCCACCCCAAAAAGGCCUGUGUUACCUCCAACGCCUAGCGUGGGCAAACCAAGUCUUCCUCCAUUGUCUACCAUACUUUCUUCUACACCAUAUCCCAGCAAGUUACCCUCGUUUGACUCCCUUGAUUGGUCCACCAAAAGCCCAUCGAAACGCGUGGGUCCCGUGCACCGGUCGCUCUCGAGCUCUGAGAGCCACAGCCCCACAUCGGCAACUUCUGAAGUACCUAUGGUUCCCACUGAAAAAUCCACCAAAUCUUCCAAUUCCAAAGCGUUUGCAUUCAUUUCCCAUUCUCCUGCCACUUAUCCUUCGCAGGAACCCAGCAUCGACAACGCGCCUCUCGCUAGACGGAAGCGCAGAAGAACUUCACCCAAUGAACUCGCCAUUCUCAAUCGUGAGUUUCAAUCGGGUUCCACCCCCAAUAAAUUACGUCGUCUCGAAAUCGCCAAUAUGGUGUCGAUGACCGAAAAAGCUGUUCAGAUCUGGUUCCAGAACAAACGCCAGGCUUUGCGAAAACAGUCCGCUGUCGAGAAGGAAGUUACAGAGCUUCCUGUCACCCCGGUGCCUGUCAAGAUUGCACCACGCCCAUUUGCAUCCACCCCAAUCAAACCAGAACCGGUUUCCCACACAUACCCAACAACCGUGUCUCCUGCGCCUUCUUCAAACACAUCAGUGGUGUCGUCAGCAUCGUCUUCUCGCUUCUACACCACCCCCAACUCGUCGUUUAUUCAAAACGAUGAUUCGUUCGAUAACUCAAUUGGGUUGGUUUUGAACGAAACUAAGAAGAGACAGCCCAGUUCUCUCAAUGGCGCAACCGCCACCACCAUGACAUUCAAAUUGGGUCCUGCUCGUCCUUCCACCGCCAAUAUUCUUGCCAAUAUUGAUGAUGACGACCUCCCCAGAAAACGCAAGCCAUUGGGCCAACUUGAUGUCAAUCUUCCUCAGAAAUUCAAGAAGGAAAGCGACGGGGCAAUUGAGUCGCUUUUGCAUUUGAAAUCGGGCAAAUGGAGUCAAAAGGUUAAUGUAUAG